GACACUUCGAACAUAAUGAUCACCUGCACCUACAGGAAGCUACCAGUCAUAUGGAUAAGCCAUUCUUAGCUCUGUAUCUACGAUGUGCGUUGGAUAUCUCAGGGGCGUCUUCUGUGCUGCGUUUCCUGGAAUUCUUAGCAUCUUGUUCCUUGCGGCCACAGCCAUCUUCUUUAUCACAGUCAGAAUUACAAUCAAAACCGAAUAUCAAAUCCACUUCAAAUCGAUCCAUUUAUCUACCUUCUACUUUCCUAUUGAAGCAUAUCAGCUCUUAGUAAGGAUGAAAUUCUCGCACAGCAGAUGACGAUUUCUCAAGUCCAGAUUUGCCGUCACGUGCAAGGGAGCA